UUGAAAAUCGUAACCAAAAAAAAACCUGAGAAUUCUUUGGGAAAAAUUUUCCAAUUGAAAUUUCCAAUCGAAUCAAAAUCAAUCGAUCAAAGAAUGAAACCAAUCGAUUUAUAUGUUGCACCAAUAUCACCAACAUCAAGAGCUGUUAUAAUAGCAGCACGUUAUAUGCAAAUUAAUAUAAAAUUAAUUAUUAUCGAUCUAAUGAAAGGUGAACAAAAACAAGAUUGGUUUGUUAAAAUGAAUCCACAACAUUGUCUGCCAACAAUCAAUGAUAAUGGUUUUAUUCUUUGGGAAAGCCGUGCUAUUAUGACCUAUAUGGCCAAUAAAUAUGCACCAAAUAAUCCAAUAUAUCCGGUUGAACCGAAAAAACGUAGCCGUGUUGAUUGCCUAUUACAAUACGACCUGAAUGUUUUAAAUCGUGCAAUUACCGAUCUGAUGAUACCAUUGAUCAAUGAUCAUCACCAUCAUGACCAUGAUCAUGAUGAUAGUAAUCAAAAACGAAAAAAUAAUCAAUCAACAAAAUUUAUGAAUACAAUUAAACAACGUAAAGUUAAUAAAUCAUUAGAAUAUUUGGAAUCAAUUUUGAUUGAAUCAAAUUUCCUUGUUGAUAAUCAUCUAACAUUAGCCGAUUUUUCAAUCUAUUGUAGUUUAGAAUUUGCUGAAAAAUAUCAUUAUAAUUUUGAUAAAUAUCCAAAUCUACAACAAUAUUUUAAACGUUUAAAACAAUUGCUUGGUUGUUUUGUUUAUUUUCCAAAUAAUAAUGAUGAUGAUCAAAUAACGAUCGAUAAUGAUCGAAAUUGGAUUAAUGAUCAGGAUGAUAAAAAUUUUGAAAAUCAGCAACAACAGCCAUUGAAUAGUAAUAGUUUUCUUCUUUGUGACAAUCAACAACAACAAUCUUUUGUAACAACAACAACAAAUUUCAAUUAUAAUAAUGGUCAUUAAUUAAAACAUUUUUUU